AUAAACAUCAUCACCUCCUCCAAUAAUUAAUAAUCCCACCACCAUAUCCAAAUUCUUCAGCAAAAAAGGAAUAUUCCCGUUCAACAAAUGGCGUCCACUCUGUUCUCCGCUCCAUCUUUCCAAGGUCUGAGACCCCUCAACAAGCCCACAGACGCCGCCCUCUUCCUCUCCAAACCCACCUCCGCCACCUUCCGCCGCCCCAUCACCGCCACGAACCGCCUCACCAUCAAGUCGGAGCUGAACCCAUCUCUGGUAAUCAGCCUCAGCACCGGGCUCUCACUCUUCCUGGGGAGAUUCGUGUUCUUCAAGUUCCAGAGAGAGAACGUGGCCAAACAGGGUCUGCCGGAGCAGAACGGAAUCUCCCACUUCGAAGCCGGCGAUGUGAGGGCGAAGGAGUACGUCAGCCUCCUGAAAUCGAACGACCCGAUUGGGUUCAACAUCGUCGAUGUUCUCGGGUGGGGAUCGAUUGGUCACAUCGUGGCUUACUACAUUCUUGCCACCUCAAGCAACGGCUACGAUCCUUCCUUCUUUGGUUGAUUGAUACGUUUUGAAACGUCGUCGUUUAGCCCUUGUUGUGUAUGUAUAUCUCUGGCAAAAUUAAAUUUCUACUACAAUUUUUUACUUAUUAUAAUUUUCGGAAUCUUUUAGUUGCCAAGCUGUGGUGGUGUGGUGAAUUGUACUACUGUGUUUUUAAAUUGUUGUCUUGCUGUUGAAUUCUUGACCCUGAAAUUGAUAAAUUGUUUGACCUAA